AUGAUGAUGAUAAUUUGGUUUCAAGGAAGAAACGAUGAUGACGACGACGAUGAUGAGGCUCUGGAGAAGGUACCUCCCCGUGCUGGAGCCGAUUGGGACGAAGCUCGUGCAACCUUCUUAUCCAUCAUACCAGCAGCAAAUUCUUGCAACAAACCCUCCCAGCCAAGCGACUGCAUCAGGCUGUUGCCAAUGGAGCAGCCACUCCGACCAUCUUGCUUCUUAUCCUUAUACCAAGAGCCGGAAUUGAACUUAACACGGAUGGCCCCCACCCACUCCAACAACAGACGAAACAGUACCAACACUACAGCAUCCUCUCCAGUAGCUACAAAUCACGAAUUGAUGAUGGCACCGACUACAUUGGUCCCUCUAGAGGGCUCAUCAGGACAAUGUGCCUCAUUCAUUCUCCUGCCCCAGUUACCCUACACCACUUAG